GUCGCAACAGGUUGCAUCUGACAUCUUUCAUCUUCCGUAAUUUUCGUAUUUUUUCCCUUCUGCGAAUCCACCACUCCUUCAUGGCGAAAUCAUCUGCUUUAUUUUGUUAUUCCAAUCUCUUCCCCCAUCGAUAGACGCGCUCCCUUCAUGCUUUAGAGCUCGCCGAUCGUGUCGAGUUAGUUGUGGCCCACUCUAGCUCCCAGCUACGCGGCGAUAACGACAGCGCCCCGCGACAAGAUGUCCCACGACAACCAAGAAGAGGCUCGUCCGAGCCACUCGUCGAAUACCCGCGUGUCCUUCGAGCCUCCGACUGAGCCUGCCCCCGUUCGCCAUGUCCGCUACAACCUCACCCUCGACACCGAGAACCUCUCGCCGCCCGCGUCCUCGCAGCGACGACCUGGUUCGAACGCAGAUGGCCAGCGCGGCUUCGACCCAUCGCCCAUCCUGCGACGGCGAAUGACACGCGCGGCGACCUUCAAGAACGUCGAAGACUACGAUGAGUUCGACAAUACCUUCAGCGCCAGGCCCGGCUGGCAGCCCGGCUCCGAACCAGGCUACGAUCCCCUGCUGCCCGACGGCGGGCACGCGUCGAUGCCGACCCUUAGUGCGCCCUGCGAGAUCUCCGUCGUCGACUUUUCGCACGAGAAUAUGGUCAAGAGCCACUUCGAGAACGAGGGCUUCAUCAAUUUCCUCGAGACCCCCAAGCCGGCUUGGGCCAAGUGUCGGUGGAUCAACAUCAAUGGCCUUAGCUGGGACGUCAUUCAGGCUGUGGGAAGCAAGAAGGGCUUGCACAAGUUGGCGCUGGAGGACUUGAUGAACAUUAGGAACAGAACAAAGGCCGAUUGGUACCCAAACCACGCCUUUAUCGUCUUGACACUGCAGAAGCUUGUCCACCUGGUCGAAGACGACUCCGACUCGUCCGAUUCCAGCAGCACCUACUCGCACAAACCCCACGGCGCCCUCAAAGACUCUAUUAAAGACUUUUGGAGGAGUCGCAAAGUGUCUGAAGACAUGGAGAGGGAUGUGUUGGGCGACAUCACGGCAGACGUCGUUGGCGAUGGUCUGCAAGAGACUUCCAUGAUUCGCACCCUCCAACGGUACCACUCCUCUGGAAACGAGGCCCGGACUGAAUUCAUGGAGGCCCAUUCGUCUCUGACACCGUACAAGAUGGCUAUCUCUGCCGAGCAAGUCUCCAUUUUCCUCACUUCUGACAACACUGUCAUUUCUUUUUUCGAGGUUUCGGCUGGAGACGUGGAGCGGCCGAUUGUGACCCGGCUCAGCACGCCUGGGACAAUCCUGCGAGAAUCCAAUGAUGCAUCCCUCCUCGUCCAAGCCAUCAUCGACGCCAUUAUCGAUCUGGCUAUCCCCUUGACGUCGAUCUACUCAGACAUCAUUAGCGAUAUCGAGCUUGACGUCCUCACUGCACCAAGCAUGAGACAGAGCAAGCGGCUCUACAUCUGCAUCAGUGAGAUCAACAAGAUGCUGAGCUUCCUCAACCCAAUAGACAAUGUGGUCAAUGUGCUACGGGACCACAAGACGUACCUCACCCAUGACCAGGCGAUGAAAGAGCUGGAAAAGCCGGCCUCUGGCGUGAUCGUCACCCCUAUGACGCAUACAUACCUUGGCGAUGUCCUGGAUCAUUGCAUCAUGAUUACUGAGGCUCUGCAGCAGCUGAAGCAGUCUUCCGACAACUUGAUUAGUCUUAUUUUCAACACCAUCUCGGCCAACCAGAACGAAUCGAUGAAGCAGCUGACGACAGUGACCAUCAUUUUCCUGCCAUUGACUUUCAUCACUGGAUUCUUCGGGCAGAAUUUUGAGGGGUCGUUCCCAGAAAUCCACUACGGCAUCUGGUACUUCUGGGCAUGUGCUGUCCCGACCGUGUGUGCCACCAUCUUAAUUCUCAUGCGAGACAUGAUACAUGCCUGGCUGAUCCGACUCGUGCAAAGGAAGCACAUUGGGUCUCUCAGAAAGAAGAAGUCGAAGACGAAGCGAAAGCUUAAGAUGAAGCUCAAGGUUUGAUAGAGUGGCAUUGAAUGCGAUGAAUGGACAUAUACAUGCAUUGGCUUGGUGUGGCGAUACCCUGGCGUUGGAUAGGUAAGCGAGUCACACAAGGAAACGGGAUUGGGUAAAAUAUACUUGCAGGAUAUUUCAGGGCAAAUAAACAUCAGUUGCCUUGCAUCACAAAGAUAAUUGAAAUUCUCCUGAUCAUGG